UUGACAAAAAAAGAGAGAAUAUGGCAACGAAUCCCGGGAAGAGUUCACAAAAUCAACUGUCGUUGCAAAUGAAAAUGGAGGCAAUAAAGAUGCACGACCACAAAAAGAUGAGCUGUCGUGCGAUUGUCGAGAACCUGGGAUGGCGAGGUCACCACUGUGGGAAGACACAGAUCCAAAACAUCGUGAAGAGAAAGAGUGAGUGGAUCGAGGAGUUCGAGGGGAAUGCUCCCCUAGAUUGCAAGAGAAAAAUUUGCAAGACGGGAAAUGAAGAGAUCAAUGCCCUUCUGAAUGAAUGGUUCAAGGAUGCUACAGCACAGAUGUUUCUGGUUUCUGGGCCACUCCUUCAAGAAAAGGCCCUGGAGUUCCCCAAAGAGCUUGGAAUUUCGGACUUUAAGGCAUCAAAUGGCUGGCUUGGGUCAUUUAAGAAGCAACACAGCAUCGUGUACGGCAAGAUGAGUGGUUAGAGUGGAGGUGCAGACGGCAACACUGUUGAUGAAUGGCUGAAAAAAGUCCCUGAACUGUGCAGCAGCUAUGACCCCAAGGACAUCUUUAACCAGAACGAAACUGGGCUGUUCUUCAAAGCCUCCUUUGCUUCCACUCUUCACGUGAAGGGAGAGGAUUGCUCAGGUGGCAAGCGCUCCAAGGAACGGCUAACAGUGAUGCUGUGUGCCGGUGCCCUCGGGGAAAAGGAAAAGCCCCUUAUCAUUGGCAAGUUGAUCAAGCCUCGUUGCUCUGGUCGACUACAGCGAGACGAUCUUCUCGUUGACUACCACUAAAGCACAUCAAGCUGG